GAGGAGCGGAGGACAGCAGCAGUAGCAGCAGCAGCAGAGAGAGAGGAACGAAGGAAAGCAGCCAAGGGCGAGCUGGUGGCCAGGGGGUGACGGCUGUGCCCAGCCUUGGCUAGUAAAGGGAGCUGGAGGGCAUCGCCGCUGAGACCCCGCGGGGCAGAUCGGAUCCCCGAGUAGCUGGUUCCCAGGGAGACAGCCAAGGCAGACCCCUCUUCACUGGGGGGCAGAGAUGGCGGAGACCCUGGACCUGGAGAAGGGCUGCACGGUGGAGGAGCUAUUGCAGGGUUGCAUCGAGGCCUUUGAUGACUCUGGAAAGGUGCGGGACCCUCAGCUGGUGCGGAUGUUCCUCAUGAUGCAUCCCUGGUACAUCCCCUCUUCCCAGCUCGCUGCCAAGCUGCUCCAUAUUUACCAGCAGUCCCGGAAGGACAAUUCCAACUCGCUGCAGGUGAAGACCUGCCACCUGGUCAGGUACUGGAUCUCGGCCUUUCCUGCCGAGUUCGACUUGAACCCAGAACUGGCUGAACAGAUCAAGGAGUUGAAAUCUCUGCUGGACCGGGAGGGCAACCGCAGGCACAGCAGCCUCAUCGACAUCGACAGCGUGCCCACCUAUAAGUGGAAGCGUCAGGUGACCCAGCGGAAUCCAGUGAGCCAGAAGAAGAGGAAGAUGUCCCUGCUGUUCGAUCACCUGGAGCCCACGGAGCUGGCCGAACAUCUCACCUUCUUGGAGUACCGCUCUUUCUGCAAGAUCCUGUUCCAGGACUAUCACAGCUUCGUGACGCACGGCUGCACGGUGGACAACCCCAUCCUGGAGCGUUUCAUCUCCCUCUUCAACAGCGUUUCUCAAUGGGUGCAGCUCAUGGUCCUCAGCAAGCCCACGGCACAGCAGAGAGCACUGGUCAUCACCCACUUCAUCCACGUGGCAGAGAAGCUGCUGCAGCUGCAAAACUUCAACACGCUGAUGGCCGUGGUUGGGGGGCUGAGUCACAGCUCCAUUUCCCGCCUCAAGGAGACGCACGGCUUCGUCAGCUCGGAGACCGUCAAGCUCUGGGAAAGCCUGACGGAGCUGGUGACGGCCACGGGCAACUACGGCAACUACCGGCGGCGGCUGGCAGCCUGCGUGGGCUUCCGCUUCCCCAUCCUGGGGGUGCACCUCAAAGACCUGGUGGCCCUGCAGCUGGCGCUGCCCGACUGGCUGGACCCCGCUCACACCCGGCUCAACGGCGCCAAGAUGCGCCAGCUCUUCAGCAUCCUGGAGGAGCUGGCCAUGGUGACCAGCCUGCGGCCCCCCGUGCAGGCCAACCCGGACCUGCUCAGCCUGUUGACGGUGUCUCUGGAUCAGUACCAGACAGAGGAUGAACUGUACCAGCUUUCCCUGCAGCGAGAGCCCCGCUCCAAAACCUCGCCGACCAGCCCCACCGCCUGCUCCCCGCCGCCUCGUCCCCCCGUGAUGGAGGAGUGGACUGCGGCCGCCAAGCCCAAACUGGACCAGGCCCUGGUGGUGGAGCACAUUGAGAAGAUGGUGGAGUCUGUGUUCCGGAAUUUCGACGUGGAUGGCGAUGGGCACAUCUCGCAGGAGGAAUUCCAGAUCAUCCGGGGAAACUUUCCCUACCUCAGCACCUUCAGGGAUCUCGACCAGAACAAGGAUGGCUGCAUCAGUCGGGAGGAGAUGGUCUCCUACUUCCUGCGCUCCAGCUCCGUGCUGGGUGGCCGCAUGGGCUUCGUGCACAACUUCCAAGAGAGCAGCUCCCUGCGCCCUGUCACUUGCCGCCACUGCAAGACCUUGAUCCUGGGCAUCUACAAACAGGGGCUCAAGUGCCGAGCCUGCGGCGUCAGCUGCCACAAGCAGUGCCGGGAGCAGCUGUCCGUGGAAUGCCGUCGACGGGCCCAGAGCAUGAGCCUGGAGCAACCCGUAUCUUCCCCGUCCCACACGCACACCCACCUCCGCGCCUUUAGCUUUUCCCUACCCAGACCCGGGAAGCGUGGAUCCCGGGGGCCUCCAGAGAUCCGGGAGGAGGAGGUCCAGGACGUGGAAGACGGGGUGUUUGAUAUUCACUUGUAACACUGGCUGGGACUGCGGCCGAAGCACGGACCCAUCUCCACCACCAGGCCCGGGUUCGGACUGGACCGGACGGCUCCCACCCGGGCCGGGGAAGGGGAUGG